GGACUUAACUCGGGGUUGUUAUUUAUUAGACUCCAUGGAUGCCGCCCUUCUCCUUGAUACCCAAGCCCUCUCCUCCUCUUCUUCCUCUGCUUCUGCAACCAUAGAAUAAUUCCUACCCGUUCUACUCUUCUUCCACCAUCAUCUUUCCCCCUAUUACCCUCUCUCUCUCCACGUCUUUGGCCUCUGCUUCUUCUCGGUUCAAAAGCAUUAUACCCUUCCAUUCCCACAAGCGAUACCCCCAGAGAGAACAACUGCAACAAUGGCCGCCGCCGCCGCCGCGUUCCAGACCAAGGCCACCAUCACCUCCUUCGGUGGCCAGCUCCUCAAGCUCUCCCAUAAGUCGUCCACCACCGGCACCGAUAUGGCCGUCAACAUCUACCUGCCGCCCCAGUGCACCACCCGCGCCGUGCCCGUCCUCUUCUACCUCUCCGGUCUGACUUGCACCCCGGACAAUUGCACCGAGAAGGGCUUCUUCCAGGCCCAGGCUUCGGCCCGCGGCCUUGCCGUCGUCUACCCGGAUACCUCCCCCCGUGGCCUCGACCUGCCCGGAGAGCGCGACUCGUGGGACUUCGGCGAGGCCGCCUCCUUCUACGUCGACGCCACCCGCGAGCCUUUCCGCCAGAACUAUCGCAUGGAGACCUACAUCACAAAGGAGCUGCCCGAGCUGCUCUUCCGUGAGUUCGCUGGCAAGCUCGACCGCUCUCGGGUCUCCAUCACCGGCCACUCCAUGGGCGGUCACGGCGCCCUGUCGCUUUACCUGCGCCACCCGGGCAUGUACCGCAGCGUCAGCGCCUUCGCCCCAAUCGCCAACCCCUCCAAGUGCCCCUGGGGCGAGAAGGCCUUCACCGGCUACCUCGGCGAUGACCGCGCCGAGUGGGCCAAGCACGACUCGACCGAGCUUGUCAAGAACUGGAGCUACGGCCCCCUGAACGCCCUCAUUGACGUCGGCCUUGGUGACAACUUCUACAUACAGAAGCAGCUGCUGCCCGAGAACUUUGAAAAGGUCGUCAAGGAGAAGAACCUCGAGGGCCUGAGCCUGAGAUACCACUACGGCUACGAUCACUCCUACUUCUUCAUGGCCUCCUUCGCCAAGGACCACGUAGAUCACGCCGCCAAGCACCUGGGUCUCGGUAACGCCCCCUCCGCCUGACUCCAAGGCCGGAACAUUAGACUGUAAACCAAGUAAAUGUUAAUGUUGACGUCGUUGUCGUUGUCGUUGUCGUUGCCGUUGUUGAGCAGUGGUUGGGAUCGUGUGCCAAGUUCGAAGUCGAAGGAGACGGGAUACCAUGCGGUUGUGUGUGAACAGAGAGUAAAGAGAGGGGGGGAGAGAGAGCCCAGUAUCUCUCGUGCGCUGCGCACAGUCCAAGGUUGGUUGGUUGGUUUUUUGAGUAAUAUGCUGCUGCUGCUGCUGCUGAGAUUCUUGAAAUUUGAGAACUGUAAUCGACGUUCAUCCGCCCAUUUCCAUCAUGACCUUCGUGAAGUAAAAAACAAAUGCAGCCAUUCCCCCCACCCCCACAACCACCCCUUUUU